AUGCCUAGUUGCCAUGCCACCCGAAGGAAGCACGAGGGCUGGGAUACUGCCAGGUUGCCCAAGCCUAGACAGGGAAGUCGAUUGGCGGAGGUCGGAUUCGAACCACGAACCUUCCGGUCAGUAAAUUCGCGCUCUAACCACUUGGGCCAUUUCGCCCAAGUGAUGGCCGGUGAACCCAUGGAUCAUUAUGAAGGCAGCGCUGAUACCCUCCGGAUAUUAGUGACUACAGACAACCAUUUAGGGUUCGCUGAAAAAGACGGUAUUCGUGGUUCUGAUUCAUUCAGGACCUUCGAAGAGAUUCUUCACUUGGCACGAUUGCAUGAAGUUGACUUCAUUUUUUUCGGUGGUGACAUCUUCCAUGAGAGUAGGCCAUCAAUGCACACGGUUCACGAGGCUGUACGUCUGCUUCGUCAACACUGCUUUGGUGACAAGUCCGUUCAGUUCGAGAUUCUGAGCGAUGGGAAUGUGGUGUUUGCAAACACAGCAUUUUCAUGCGUGAACCAUUUGGAUCCGAAUUUGAAUGUUUCCAUCCCGGUUUUCGCUAUUCAUGGUAAUCAUGACGACCCGAUUGGUCCCGGUGGUCUGUGUGCUGUGGAUAUUCUCCAUUCUGCUGGCUUGGUCAACCUGCUUGGCAAGUCUUCCUCUGUGGAGCGCAUUACCAUCAGCCCACUAUUAUUGCGCAAGGGCUCAACGCAUUUGGCUUUGUAUGCGCUCGGUGCAAUCCGUGAAGAGCGUGCGCAUCGUCUGUUUCUGAAUAACUUUGUUACUUUCUACCGACCCACGGAGGAACCAGACAAUUGGUUUUCUAUCUUUGCUGUACACCAGAAUCGUAGUAGGCACGGCCCUACAAGUUACUUGCCUGAGAAUUUCCUUCCAAACUUUCUGGACCUGGUUAUUUGGGGACACGAACACGAGUGUCGCAUUGAACCGGAAUGGAAUUCGAGCCAGAACUUUUUUGUCACACAACCCGGUAGUUCUGUUGCCACGAUACUUUCUGAGGGAGAAGCCCGAGAGAAAGCAGUUGGUCUGCUUGAAGUGCGUGGCAAAGAAUUUAAGAUCACUCGGGUUCCACUGCAGACAGUCCGGCCUUUUGUGUUCAAAGACGUAAUUCUAGAGGAUGAAAUAACGAAAUCCGUAUCCGGUUCUCUGGAUUUAGCCAAACAGGUGGAAAUGGUUUGCGUUCGUCACGUGGAGGACAGUCUAACGAAUGUGAUGUCAACACCCUCCGGUAUGUCCUCGGAGCCUGAUCGGGUACCGAACAAACGUCGAAAGAUCUCUUCACGUCCGGAGAUCUCUGUGAAGGAAGAGGACGAUUUAGAAGAAACAGUAGAGUGGAAGCCUCCUGCUGAACCUCUUAUCCGCUUGCGGGUCGAUUUGAGCGGUGGAUUUGAGUCGUUUAGUGCCUACCGAUUCGGACAGCGGUUUAUAGGUCGAGUUGCUAAUCCCAAAGAUUUAAUUUCAUUUAAUCACAAUCGUGAGAAGCUGGCUGCUGCGCAAGCGCGACGAGCCCUCAGAUCCGGUCAGAAUGAUGGGACGGAUGGUUCUGUGGAUGUGGAUGAUGUGACUGGUUCAGAUAAGAAAAAGGUUGGUCUAGAUGUUGUCGAGGUGGAAAAACUUGUGAGGCGGUUUUUAACCAAGUCCGGCUCCGCGACAGGUGUUUUGACGACCGAAGAUGCUUCUGCUCUUGAACUGUUUACUCCUGUCGAGUUGGGUCACAGCCUCCAGCAGUUCAUCGACAAAGAUUCACGUGAUGCCAUUCAGUUUGUGGUCGAAUCCAUAAUGGGACAAACUAUAAAAUAUUUGCGUGUGCGAAAGUGUCCCGAGGAGCGGAUCGUUCCCGACAUAACUUCAUUUUGCCAAACACGCUUGGGAAGCUCGAAUGCAAGCGAGGAUGAGGAUGGCUGCUCUACUCUAGAGGCGCCAGACAGCUCUAAAACAGGAGGAGAUGAUACGUCCUUCCGCUCAAAAGCAACCGUACUCGCUGAUAAGUUCACACGGAUAGGAUCGCACCACGCAGAAAUAACCGAAUGGAGCUCUGACGAAGAGAUGCUCGCUGAUCGUUCAGUUUCCAACGUUGCUCGUGCCAAGAUCCCCGCCUCAAAGGCUCAUGCAACAAAACAGACAUCUUCCAAGUCCCGUAGACAUAUAGAUUUGAACACAUCCUUGGUGGAUGGAGAGGACGACGAAGAGGGAAGCCACAUUUUAUCCGCAAUUGAAGAUGCUGACUCACCCCCGGCUGAACCGACACUUUCGAGAAGACAACCCCGAUUCAAGAUUGAUGAUCAGUUGUCCAAUGAUGGCUCGGAAGCUAGCUCUUCAUCCAACCGUAGUAGGGGACGUACACGAGGUCGUGGUUCUCGAGCCUCAGCAGUCAACCAACGCACCCGAACAACAACAACAAAAAGCACCGAUAACGGCUAUAUUUUUGGAAGUCGUCGCAAAUAUUGAUGGGUUGAUCUACUACUUUUGCAUUUUGAUCCUACAGCCAGAGUUUCAGAUUGACCGUUUUUUAUAUAUACUUUAUGCUUUCAUGAU